AUGAUGAAUCGAUACCAACACCAACACCUACAAACACAUAAUUCGAAUACAAUUCUUCAAUCAAAUCAUCACUAUCACUUAACUAAUAGUACAACAACAACAACAAUGUCUGUUCUACAGACGCCAAUUGAUACUUAUUCAUCCAAUAACAAUUCAAUUCUUGAUAUUCAUCAACAAAAUCAUUACAGUUUACUUGAUGAUAAUUAUGCAUACAAUCCGCCACCUUCCUAUUGUAUUAAACAUCAUCCUAUCUAUCGUUCUCCAACUAUUUGUACAUUAGAAUCCCAACCAUCAGUUUAUGAAACAUAUAAUUCAUCUCCAUCGUCAUCUUCAACAGCAACAGCAGUAGCAACAACAACAACAACACCGAAUAUUCCAGUAAAUACUUAUGAACAAUUUUGCAUUGACAAUGCUCAAACAUCGCCAUCGCCAUCAUCUUGGAUAGCAACAACGCCAACAACAGCAAACGAAGGAUCACUAUAUCAUCCAAUUCAAUCGUUUGAUCAAUGUAACAUUUAUUUAAAUAAUUCUCAAUUAUCUGAACAAAACUAUCGAGAUUAUCUAUCGAUUCCAUUAUCUAAUAAUGAAACAUCCUCAUCGUCAUCGAUAUCAUCGUCGUCAUCCUCAUUUAAUAAUCUUUCACAUCCACAACCAUAUCGACAUCAUGAACAGUCAUCUAUGGACGAAAAACCUCUGUCUAUUGUUGCUAGUGAAGCUAAAUAUAAAUGGAUGCAAAUAAAACGUACACCAGCGAAAACAGCAGGAAAACCGACUGAUUAUAAUUAUAAUAGUGGUACAUCACUCGCGAAUGGUUCAUCAACGAAUUCAAUCGUAAAUAAUAAUUUACCUGCAAAUGCUGGUCGCACUAAUUUUACAAAUAAACAAUUGACAGAAUUAGAGAAAGAAUUUCAUUUUAGUCGUUAUCUAACACGUGCAAGACGUAUUGAAAUAGCAGCAUCACUUCAAUUAAAUGAAACACAAGUGAAAAUUUGGUUUCAAAAUCGUCGUAUGAAAGCAAAAAAACGGCAACGUGAACCCGAUAUUCUUCCAUUUGAUUCCAUGUGA